AUCAGCCCCGCCUCACAUCAAAAUGACUUUUUAUCGUCUUUUUGGACACAAAAGUUAAUACUUUCGAGGUCAUUUAGUGCAAUUAGUGACUCAUGUUUUCUAAUAAGUUUUAUCAAUCCGCACGGAUGUUUGCACUAGAGAUUACGUAUGGUCAAAGAUGGAGCAGGACAUGGAGGCAUACGUGAGGACGUGUCUUGUGUGCCAACAAGACAAAACGGAGAAAAGGAAGGAAGCAGGUUUGCUUCAACCUUUGCCAAUCCCGAGUAGGCCUUGGCAAUCUGUUUCUAUGGAUUUUAUUUCAGGUUUUCCUAAAGUUGGUGGCAUGUCAACCAUUUUGGUGAUCGUGGACCGAUUUUCCAAGUAUGGUGUGUUCGUGGCUGCUCCGGAUUCCUGUCCGGCUGAAGUAACGGCGGAGCUGUUCUUCAAAAAUGUAGUGAAGCCUUUUGGUUUACCGGAAGAUAUCAUCAGUGAUCGGGAUUCAAGGUUCACUGGAAGGUUUUGGACUGCCCUGUUCAAGAUCCUUGGCAGUGAUUUGAAGUUCUCCAUUGCGUAUCAUCCGCAAACCGAAGGGCAGACGGAGAGGAUGAAUGCAUUGCUCGAGGAAUACCUGAGGCACUAUGUGACUGCAAGUCAAAAGAACUGGCUUGAGUUGCUGGAUGUAGCGCAUUUUUGCUACAAUCUUCAUCAAACAAGUACGACUGGAAUGACUCCGUUCGAGUCGGCUCUCGGAUUUCAGCCCUUGGCGCCUCACCAAGUGAUGGCAAGGGUAGGAGGGCAGUAUCCAGCGGCGGUACGUUUUGCAAGGGAUAAGCAAGAGCUGAUUGAGGAGGCCCGAGAUAGUCUUGCGUUGGCCCAAGCAAGGAUGAAGAGACAAGUUGACCAGCGGAGAAGAGAUGUUCAGUUCCAAGUCGGGGACUUGGUAAUGCUGAAAUUAACUCCACAGAUUUGGAAGAAGAUCAGUACUAAAUCUGUUCACCGUGGCUUGAUUCCGAAAUAUGAUGGUCCCUUUGAAGUCAUGCAUAAAGUGGGUGAAGUGGCUUAUCGGUUGAAGCUAUCAGAGAGAUUGAAGAUCCAUCCUACUUUUCAUGUAAGCUUCUUGAAACGAUUCAAUCAAGAGGAGUUUGAUGCUUCGAGGCAGCAAGCAAAGAGAGCCCCUCCGACGAUUCGAAGUCAGUUUGAGAAGGCUGUGGAGAAGAUCUGAGAUCAUUCUAUUAAAGGACAAAGCAAGAAGAACCGGCGCACAGAGUACCUUGUCCAGUGGGAAGGUGACUCUAAGGCAGAUGCUGUUUGGGUGAAAGACAUCAACUUAUGGCAGUUUGAAGACAAGAUCGAGGAGUACUGGCGGAGCCGGGAUGGAGCUUCGCAGCCUCCGACGAGGACGUCGGAUUCUCCUGGUGGGGGAGGUUUGUUAGACCCCUAAGUUCUGAGCGUCUUUGGCAGGUCAAGUUAGCCUUGGCUUGACCGCGGCAUUGGGUAUGGCAUAACGGUUGUCCCUUAGUUCGAUGGCAUCGGGUGUUGAUUGACCGCGACAUGCAAGGCAGGGCCUUGGGCAAGCGUGGGGCAAGACAACGGAGAUGGCUUUGAGGAGCUAAGGCAAGUGAAAGUUAGCUCGUGGGUGGCUUGGUUUAGGCCGCGACAUGGAAGCUAGCAUGAGUGGUCGCGAUGUUUCGGGUUUACACCGCGGCAUGAAUCAAGGCUGAAGGCGGUUGACGGUUAUGGGGCGAACAGACGCGACGGUUCGGGUUUACGCCGCGGCAUGAAGUGGACGGAUGCACAAAGGGGUGAACCGGUGGCAUUGGUUGUGCGGCUUCAACUGUUGCCCAACGAAGAGACGCGUCCUUUAGCUAUGGCAGUUGGCUUGUAACUGUCAGACCGGGCCGGUCUAUAAAUUGCGCCGCGGCAUAACCACGAGUUUUGUAGGCAAGAGUGCGUGGCAUUGGUUGUAGAGUCCUUUGUAUUAUUUUGUGAGAUUAAUACAAGGUUGGUCGUUGACCGUAAAGUGUUUGGGUGCCUUGAAUAUAUUCUAAGUGUUCUAAGUGUCCCUAAACCUAAGUGAAACAGGUUUGUGAGUUAGGCUGACUAUCUUAAGGGUUAAGAUAGGCCGUACACGAGCGAAAAUUCUAAGUCCAGAAUUUCCCUGUGUAACAAUUGGUAG